CGCACGCCAUGGGAGCCGUGACUGACGAUGAAGUCAUACGGAAGCGUCUCCUAAUUGAUGGAGACGGCGCUGGAGAUGAUCGGAGAAUCAAUCUGCUUGUGAAAAGUUUCAUUAAAUGGUGCAACUCCGGGUCCCAGGAAGAGGGGUAUUUCAUCUCACUGUUGUUUCUACACCGAUGUCCUGAUCAAAGUUUAGACCGUGUAUACAACACCCCUAUAUAGCCAGUACCAACGUAUGCUGAGCACACUGUCCCAAUGUGAAUUUUCAAUGGGCAAAACUUUGCUUGUAUAUGAUAUGAAUCUCAGAGAAAUGGAAAAUUAUGAAAAAAUUUACAAAGAAAUAGAAUGUAGCAUUGCUGGAGCACAUGAAAAAAUUGCUGAGUGCAAAAAACAAAUUCUUCAAGCAAAGCGAAUACGAAAAAACCGCCAAGAAUACGAUGCUUUGGCGAAAGUGAUCCAGCACCAUCCAGACCGGCAUGAGACAUUAAAGGAACUAGAGUCUCUGGGAAAGGAACUAGAGCAUCUUUCACAUAUUAAAGAAAGUGUUGAAGAUAAGCUGGAAUUGAGACGGAAACAGUUUCACGUUCUCCUUAGUACCAUCCACGAACUUCAGCAAACGCUAGAAAAUGAUGAAAAGCUCUCAGAGGUAGAAGAAGCUCAAGAAAGCACCAUGGAAACAGAUCCUAAGCCAUAAACAGACUAAUGGUUCACCCUUCCCAAGAAGGCGGAAGUAACAACAUGCUCCUAGUGCGUUUAGAAUUUGUUGUGCUCUUGAGCUAUUUAAAGUUUUGGCAGUAGACUACUUUGCUUUUAAAUACUAAUGCACAGUUCAUUCCUAUUUCUUUACACAAAGGAAAAAAACUUCAGUAUAAAUUUGUUUGUAUUGAAAUGUCUUUUUUAUUCUUAAACUUAAAAAGUAGGAAGCGAUAUCCAAAAAUGUUUAAUAAAAUGUUUUCAAGCCAGA